CCACAACGCGGACAAGCAGCAGGCGUCCCGCAUCAAGCAGGUCUUUGAGAAGAAGAAUCAGAAAUCGGCACAAACCAUUGCACAACUGCACAAGAAACUUGAGAACAACCACAGGAAGCUGAAGGAGAUUGAGCAGAAUGGACCCAGCCGCCAGCCCAAGGAUGUGCUGCGGGACAUGCAACAGGGCCUGAAGGACGUGGGGGCCAACGUGAGAGCUGGCAUCAGCGGAUUCGGCGGUGGGGUGGUGGAAGGGGUGAAAGGGGGCGUGUCCGCCCUGUCCCACACAGCAGUGGUCUCCAAGCCGCGGGAGUUUGCCAGCUUGAUCCGCAACCGGUUCGGCAGCGCGGACAACAUCGCACAGCUGAAGGACACCUUGGAGGACUCGUACCCUGAGGAGACCCCCCGGACCCUCAGCGGCAGCGUGACGCUGGUGUCCAGCCCCAAGUACGGCAGCGACGACGAGUGCUCGAGCACCUCAGGCUCAGCUGCUGGCAGCAACUCCGGAGCAGGAGGCAUGGCGAGCCUGGCCGCCGACACGGGCAGCCCCAAGUCCGGCAAACUGGAUGGUCACCACCACACACACAGCUCCUGGGACACCCUCAUGGAGGAGCUGCGGGACAUCAAGGCCAGCCAAGGCCACCUGGCGGAUGCCAUUGAAGACAUGAAGACACAACUCCAGAGCGACUACACCUACAUGACCCAGUGCCUACAGGAGGAGAGAUACAGGUACGAGAGACUGGAGGAACAGCUCAACGACUUGACAGAGUUGCACCAGAAUGAAAUGAGCAACUUGAAGCAGGAGCUGGCAAGCGUGGAAGAGAAGGUUGCCUACCAGUCCUACGAAAGGGCCAGAGACAUUCAGGAGGCGGUGGAGUCCUGCCUGACGCGCAUCACCAAGCUGGAGCUCCAGCAGCAGCAGCAGGUGGUGCAGCUGGAAGGUGUUGAGAACGCCAACGCUCGAGCCCUCCUGGGCAAGCUCAUCAACGUCAUCCUGGCCCUCAUGGCCGUGCUGCUGGUCUUCGUGUCCACGCUGGCCAAUUUCAUCACGCCGCUGAUGAAGACGCGCGAGCGCGUGGCCGCCACAGCGCUGCUGGCCCUGACGCUCGUCCUGCUGUGGAGGCACUGGGACAUCCUGACGCCGUGGCUCCCAUUCGGCUGAGCGGCCCCGCCCCCCACUUCCAUGGAGACGACACGACUGCUCUGAGGGAUGAGGUGGGGGUAGGAGGAUGGCGUGAUGGUAUCCCCUUCCUCUCCUUCCCCACCUGUACUCAUCUGUUUCUCAGAACCAUUGCACUCCAUCCACUGGGCCAAAAACAUGUGACAACUUCUGCUAAAUGUUCCUGAAAGGCCAACACAGCCACAGACUCUGAGCUGCUUCUUAUGGGAAGGGAUGAUGCAGUUGUAUUUCUGGCAAACUGAUUUAAUUCCUUCAAGUGUCACCCCAUUUCCAAGAAGUCCACAUUUCUGCAUGUCGACUGGGAAAGCUUGACUGGUAUUUUACUAGAGCCUGCCCCCCAGUGCUCAAAUAUGAAAUGCAUCUUUUUUUCGUAUACAAGACGAUUGCUGAAAUCUAAUCCAAAGUACUUUUCCUGUGUUUGUUCAUACUUGCAGAAUCUCUUUUAGAAAGAAAUAGGCGCCUUAUGAUUGACAUUUUAACAAUGUGGUCACAGAACGGUAAGAAGAAAAAAAAAUUUUUGUCCCAAAAACGGCAUCCGAUGCACUUAUCUGGGUUCCCACAUUCUGGCGGUCAUGAUUCUAAAAUGAACAGGGCUAUUCUGUGCCAAAUUAGCCAAUUUCUUUCAUUCCCUAUACCUUGUGUACUGGACAAGUUUUUAAAAUAAAAGUACAGCCAAUAUCUCGA